AGUUCUAUCACUUCAUAUUUCCAGCAGACUCUUUCCUUGUCUGCAGUGCCAAGUGUUUCCCCAGGAUACACCUGUAAGGAAAUACAGACUGGACAACUUCCAAUCACUCAGACAUGGACACUUUUGGUAUCAGACGGUGUGAACGCUGACAGGACUGGCGAGAGGUCGCCGCCCUAGCGCCGUGGGACUCCCUUCCCGACUGGAAUCGCACGGAAUAUCCCCAUCAUGGCGCAUAGUUUGCUACAGGGAAAGCGGUUCUACUGCCGAGAAUGGGCCUUCAACAAGCUCCUACAUUCGCUGGAGAACAGGCAAGCGGCCAAAACAUGCGGGGCGCUAGUCAUGGGAGGGCCGGGGAGCGGCAAGACCGCUCUGAGCACCGAGCUCGUCUGGCCGACCAACAAGGACGGGAAACAACGCAUCCUACACAGAAGACUUUUGGCUUAUCAUUUCUGCCAGGCCCACGAUGUUCGCACGCUGUCUGUCGCAGAAUUCGUGCUUAGAAUUGUAGAACAGUUGUCAAAAUCUCUGGAGAUAGAGGAGUACGCGGAAAAGGUGAAAGACCCCGCGAUCCAAGCAGUGCUUCAGCCGGCGCAAGUCGAGCUCAGCCCCGACGAGGCCUUCAAACGGGGCGUGCUUCUACCGCUUCUCGGGAUCAACCCACCCACGCACAACUGUUUCAUUCUUGUGGACUCAGUUGACGAAUCUUAUCUCCUUGAAACCGACGAUAAGACCGAAGGGAGCAAGACAAUCGCGGAACUGUUGGCUCGCCAUCACGAACUUUUCCCCCCAUGGUGUCUCCUGGUUUGUUCGUCACGAAAGCAGAGCAAAUCCGUCAACCGGCUGUUCACUGGCUUCAGAAAGGUCAGCUUGGACGACCUGAGAAAAUCCCAUGCUGUACGUGAUGUGCAACAGUACAUCCUUGCCAGACUGGACAACGAGGAGGCACUCCGUGUGCACCUUAAUAGAGACACGGCAGAAAUGCUCAACCAGCUGCACAUCAAGAGCAACGGAUGUUUCCUGUACCUGGAAAAGGUGCUGGAUGGCGUGGCUGAGAACUUCAUCAUGUUGAGAGAAAUCAAGGACAUUCCAGGAACCCUCAAUGGAUUGUACCUCUGGCUCUGUCAGCGUUUGUUUGUCAAACGACAGUUUGUAAAAAUCCAACCAAUACUGAAUGUGAUGCUGGCGGCGAGAAGACCACUGACAGAAAUGGAACUGUUUGAUUGUGCGUGGACACGAAACACAGCCCUCACCCUGGAGGAAUUCCAGCGAAGGAUGGACCUGAUGUCACGCAUCCUCCUCACGGGCAGAGGUAACACCUGCAUUCUGUUUCAUCAUAGUUUUGCCGAGUGGUUGCUUGAUGUGAAACACUGUACCCAGAAGUAUUUGUGCAAUGCGGCAGAGGGACAUGGCAUGCUGGCAAUGAAGUACACAUUGUUUGCACGUAGCCUUGCUCCAAUAGAGGUGCAAGAGUUUGCAGCUCACCUGGUCAAGAGCAAUCUUGUCCCUCCACUUGAAAGUUACCACCUUGCUCUAUGGUUGAUCUGGAGUGGUGCCCCAGUCAAGGAUAGCUUGCAGGACGGUUGUCCACUGAACAAACGCGUAACAAACCUGCUCCUCACAAGUGGUGCAUGUGUGGACGGUUCACCCCAGCAUGGCAAGUGUAGAACUCUGAGCAAUAGGUCGAGAGAGGAAGAAGAGUCAGUGCGAGAGAUGUUGGAAAAUGGUGCUACAGUAAACCAGGUGGAUGCGAAUGGUCGUACAUUGCUUUGCAAUGCUGCUUACCACGGUAACCUGCAGAUCUGUGAGAUGUUGAUCGCACGUGGUGCUGAUCUUGAGGUGGAGGACAAGAGUGGACAGACUGCCUUGAACUUGGGUGCUCGGCAAGGGCAUGAGCAGAUUGUGAGAACAUUGCUGAGGCAUGGUGCUAACCCUAACCACAUGGACCAUGAUGGGUGGACGCCACUAAGGUCUGCUGCAUGGGGAGGGCAGGGUGGAGUUGUGUCUGCCCUACUCCAAGCAGGGGCCUCGGUCGACUUUGCAGAUACUGAUCGAAGAACGGCACUACGAGCUGCGUCGUGGGGCGGUCAUGAAGAAGUGGUGUCCAAACUCCUCGAGCAUGGGGCCGACGUAAACAAGGCUGACAAUGAGGGACGGACGGCGCUCAUCGCUGCUGCAUACAUGGGCCACAAAGAAAUUGUUGAGCACUUGCUGAACCAUGGGGCAGAGAUCGACCAUGAGGAUUCAGACGGACGUACCGCCCUGUCAGUAGCCGCGCUGUGUGUGCCUGCGAGCCAAGGCCAUGCCGAUGUGGUGGAACUCCUGAUUGACCGUGGUGCUAAUGUCAAUCAUGAGGACAAGGAAGGCAUGACUCCAUUGUUGGUUGCAGCAUAUGAAAACCACACAGAUGUCAUUGAACUCCUGUUAGAGAACGAUGCUGAUGUUGACCACUCAGACAACAAUGGUAGAACGCCCCUCCUGGCAGCCGCAUCCAUGGGACAUGCACAAGUUGUACAUCAGCUUCUGUUCUGGGGUGCAGCUGUGGAUUCUAUCGACACUGAAGGCAGGACUGUGCUCUCCAUUGCCUCUGCUCAAGGUAGUGUGGAGGUCGUGCAUCUGUUGCUACAGCGAGGGCUGGAUGAAAUGCAUCGAGACAAUGCAGGGUGGACCCCUCUUCACAUGGCUGCCUUCGAGGGGCACAAGGAGGUUUGUGAGCUGUUGACAGAGCAAGGUGCACGCACAAGUGAAGCUGACAAUGAUGGUAGGCAGGCACUGAUCCUAGCAGCACAGGAAGGCCACAUUGACUGCAUCAAGCUUCUGUUAGAGUAUGGAGCUGACAUUGAUCACAUGGCCCACGACGGCAGGAAUGCACUGCGAGUGGCCGCCAUUGAAGGGCACAAGGACAUCAUACAAUUGCUGAUCGAAAGUGGGUCAGAGGUGAACCUUGCUGAUGGAGAAGGGCGCACCACCCUGUACAUCUUAGCGCUGGAGAACAAGCUGGAGAUGGCAGAGCUCUUGCUCAAGCACAACGCCUAUGUAGACUCUACAGACUUGGAAGGAAGAUCGCCGCUGCAUGUGGCAUCGUGGCAGGGGCACACAGACAUGGUUCAGCUACUCCUGGACAAUGGUGCCAAGGUCAAUGGCAUGGACAAUGAGAGAAGAACGGCUUUACAAUCUGCAGCCUGGCAGGGUCAUGCGAAGGUGGUGAAGACUCUAGAUCAGAAGCAGUCUUCCUCCCAACCUGGCAAGACUCCUUGCAGAUGAAAACAAGUUUCGACUGAACAAUCAUCCAUCGUUAUUGAACCACCAACAGGAUGAGAUUAUGGACUUCUUCUGUGGAAUCUUCUUUUCUUUUGCUCUGUGAGCAAGGAGUGGACUGUUUAGUUCCCUGUCUUUCCCUGCGUGAAAAUAUUGGACUAGAUGGAAGAUAUAGAGCCAGGCCAGUAGUAGUCUAGCCCUCAGGAGGUAUGUUAUUUCCAUGUUUAUGUGUACAAGUCAGAAUGUAGAAGCCUCUAUCCUGUGGGACAAGAAAUCUGUAUAGUGGAGGGAGCUUGUGCUUUGACCUCUUGACAUGUUAGCAUACUUUAGCUGCCUUAGGAGAGCAGCAAUGGAGUAAAUAUAUAUACAUAUAUAGAGAUAAACUUAUAUAUAUAUAGCAAAGCUAUGUAGAUGACAGUGUGGUGUGGAAAUACUCAGAUUCUUUUUUGUUCGAAUUCCAAACGGAUGCUGUAAAUGGUGCGUGGCAUUCGGCUGAUUCAGGUGCUGUUUAGUCCAGGCAUACAUCGCAAUUAGGGUAAUGAUCUGCAUUGCAAACCAAGGCAGAAGGUCACAGUACUUGCCAUAUAAACAUUCCAAUUGGUUUCUCUGUUGACAGGGCCAACCUUGUUGUGCAAGUACAUUUUUACCUCCACAAAUACACAAUCUACAUUUGCAGGUGCUAUUACCUCAUUGUGUAAUUAAGUACAAAAGAACAUGUUCCUUUUCUGAAUUUUGCAGUCUGAGCAUGUAAAGUUUGCAAACUCAUGAUGACCAGUGGAAUGAUCAGUUUAACAGAAGAACAUUUAUGCAGAAUGACAGGUUCGUGUUCUCUGUGAUAAGACGGAUGUGCUAGCGUCAUCCAAAAAUACCUACAGCAUUAGGGUUUGAUCCUUGUAAAGACAUCACAAGUCAGAACCACAUGUAAGCCUCAUCUAGUUGGAUAUCUUCCAAAGUUUUCUUUGGGAGGAGUUAAAUUGUGGCAGGAAGGAUGCCAAAAUGCGGAAAUGAAUUUACAAGAACAUACCCGAACAUGGUAUGUGGGUUGGGUUAUCUGAGAAGAAGACCGGGAUUUUGUUCGGGAUGGUUGCAUACUCUGCACAUCAUCCCUUGGUAACCGGAUUCCGAUCUGAAAUUGGAGAAUGACAGUAGUUCAGAGAUGCAUACAUGUAUGUACCAAGCCCCUCCCAUUGAAUGCUUUGACAAGAUAUAUCACAAUUUUUGUACCAACUUGUCAUUACCUGUUAUAGAAAAGACAAGGAAUUUUUUAAUCACCUGUAACAAUCUUUCUGAAGAAGUUUCUCCUUCCUAUAACACCUGCUUUCACUUAUUUAUAACACCUUGUAAAAUGGCCACUUAAGUGCCCUGGAAUUCUUCUGCAAGGCCCACCACACAAAUUCCUGCAAGAACAGCAUCAUGUAAUAAUCACCUUCUAAAAUGUCUGGAUACUUGCAAACUUUUCUGGUAAGGUAUUAAACAAUAUAACAAUUAUGUAAAUCCUUCUUGUUCUUCUAGGACAAGAGACCAUACCAGUACAUUAUCAUAUACACGUAAUAUUAACUUACCUACUAUCAAGUGUCAAACAAAAAGUUGCCAACAUAAUAAGCAUUCAGGUUUAAUCAAUUUUACAUUAAUAAGUACCAUAGUAAAAUAUCCUUGUAGCCAACUAACUUUGAUGCCCUCUAUCAUCAAGUUUGCUUAGAGAAUGGAAAUACUAAAUAAGUAUAGCAUUCAAUUACAUGUACUAAUUAUACAACAGAAGAGAGCACAUUCCGUUUGUUUAUUUUCAGUUUUGAUACCUUUUGUUGCAGUUUCACGAAGGUUUAUUGUGAGGUAUUUAGAUAUAUAAUAUAGCCCACAAUGGUGGAGAAUCUAACAGUGUGUAGAAAUGUGUUGAAUGCUUUGUGAAGAGAUUCUUAUGAAAAGAAGUCUGAAGUUUGUUCUGUGCAAGAGAGAAAUGGCUGUGUUCAAAUUGUAAAUAGAAAUAUAUGAUCUUAUUGUUAAUAUUCUGGUUGGAUAAUUUUCUGGUUGCUGUAUACAAUACUUAUUGCUAUGUAAUAAAUCAAAGGCAAUGUAAA